AUGAACAAGCCUUCCGUUCUAAUCAUUGGCGGCGGUGUCUUCGGCACUUCUACCGCAUACCACCUCUCAAUUCGAGGAUAUCAUUCCGUGAAGGUUCUGGACCGGUUCGACGCGCCAUCCAAGGACUCAGCCGCAACGGACCUGAACAAGGUCAUCCGUGUCGACUACCCUGAGCCAUUAUACACGAAGCUAGGUCUUGAGGCUUUGGAUGCCUGGAAAGAUCCCAGCUCCGUCCUUACCGGCCUGUAUCAUGAAUCCGGAGUCAUGUUCUCUGGGGAAGAAUCUACUCACGCGUGGCUCGAGGCCACGCGCAAGACGAUGCUAGAAGCAGGACGCAAAGGCGUCAAGUACAUGACAAGCCAGGAGAUUGGGCAGAAUUGGCCGGCAGUCACGGGCAAGUUCCCCUCCUGGCUGAACCUUUGGAGUCCGGCAGGUGGAUGGGUGCCUUCGGGUGAGGCUCUCCUCCGGAUGGCUAAUGCGGCUCGAACCAACGGCGUCGAGUACGUAUCCGGCGAUGCAGGAUACACUAGGCGACUCGUUUACGACGGUAACAAGAAGUGCAUUGGCGCCAUCUGCAACGAUGGUUCCUUUCAUCAAGCAGACAUUGUAGUGAUUGCGGCGGGCGCUAACACGGCUACUCUCGUGGACGCAAGGAACGAGGUUGAAGCACAAUGCUCAGCUAUUUGUGUUCUCCAGCUAAAGCCAGAGGAGAUAGAGAAGUACAAAGAUAUGCCCGUCAUAUCCAAUCUUGAGCAAGGCAUCAUUUUUCCGCCAGUUCAGGAUGGCUUGAUAAAGCUAAUUAGCUGCCGUGCGAUUACAAACUACAAGAACAAGAUUCUCCCCGGUGCCUCUGUCCUUCACUCGACUGGAGACUACCCGUUUGAUGGCUGCCCCAGAGAGAUCGAGCACGAAGUGAGAUCCUUUGUUCGGGACACAGUGCCUGAGCUCGCCAACCGCCCCUUCAUUUCAACAAAGCUAUGCUGGGAUGGUGUGGCCAAAGACCUGAACUUCAGGGUUUGUCCCUACCCUGACACGACGGGCCUCUACAUUGGUACCAUCGGGUCGAACCACGGCUUCAAGUUCUUGCCCGUCAUUGGGAGAUACGUGGCGGACAUGCUCGAAGGCAACCUCGGCAAAGAGUGGUCUGACCUCUGGGCCUGGAAGGACGGGAGAGUGCCAGGGGGGAAACCCAACCCCUAUCCCUUCCCACUUAGAGACCUUUCUGAACUCGAAGGUUGGAAGGACAAGCACAGCGCUGGGGAAGGCAGGCUACCCUGGACAUGGAGCCGUUUGUAA